CAUUCUCGCACUCUAACGUGCGUCCAGAAUCCGCUGAGCACUCAGCAUUCUAUUCAAUGAGGACGCAUUUCUCCGCCAUAAGCGAUGCGCAGUGCCGCCCGAAGUGUUAUCAUCGCUGAUCUAUACAGUGUAGCGCAUGCGUUCCUGAAGCCAGAAGCGACGCGCAAGACCGCCUCGAAGCGCUAACAUUCCCGAUCCAGCGCAUGUCCGACGAGUCGGAAACUGAUCGAGUCUCACGCAAGUUGGGAUCUUGACAGAGACCAUUUUCUGACAGGCCCUGCCAAUGAUUAUGAUUAGAAACCUCCACAGGCAUCGUGCAUAAGCACGGUUUGCUUGGAUUGGUAAACCGCGUCUGGCAGGCUCAGUACAGGAAUUGCAAUAUAAAUACACCGCCUGAUCAAGCGUCAAUUAUCAUUUACAACCCUCACAAUGCCCUCAGAUUCGACUACUACUGCGACUCCUCUCCAAAUUACGAUCGUUGGCGCUGGACUUGGUGGCCUUGCGGCUGCUGUGGCCUUGCGACAGAUUGGGCACACCGUUCAAGUGUUUGAGCGGACAGAGAACAAGACCGAGGUCGGCGCUGCGCUGGGGGUUCAGCCCAACGCGAUGUGCGUGUUGAAGCACCUCGGCGUCCAAGAGGCGAAUUUGAAAGGCGUGUUUGUCGCGGGAAUGAGCACUUUCGAUCCUGCCACGGGGGAGGGGACGGAGCACACGUUCCCGCGCAGCGAGGCCCCGCAGUGGUUGCUCGUGUGCCACCGGACCGACAUCUACGAAGAACUGAAGCGCAUCGCGCUCGAUGCAACGAGCGGGUUUCCCCCGGUCUCGAUGCGUUUCGGUUGCAAAGUGCUCUCAUGCUCGCCCCAGGAAGGAGACGUAGUUCUCGAGUCCGGCGAGAUAGUCCACGCGGACCUGGUCAUUGGAGCGGAUGGCAUCCAGUCGCUCAUCCGUACGCAUGUCAUCGGAUAUGUGCAGAACGCUAUGCCCACUGGGAUCGCCUGUUGUCGUUCGGUGUUCAAAGCGCCCUCGACCGACGGCAGCGACUCAGGUCUCGAGUGGCUCAGCGGAAAAGCCCCAGGCGUUCGUUCUAUCGCCUGGAAAGGUCUUCCCUUCCGGAUGAUUCUUUGCUAUCCGUGCAGGAAUGGUGAGCUCAUCAAUACGGCCCACUUCUAUACGGAAACAGAGGAGGAGAAGAACGACGUCUCGCACCAUGCCUUCACUCCGACGAUGUCCCCAGCGCAGGUACGCGCCAAGUUCGCCGACUGCGACCCCAAGUUCCACCGCCUGCUCGACCUGCCGAAUCACUCCGGCAAGAUCUUCCGCUGGCGGCUGCGCGCGCUCCCCGAGAUUCCGACGUGGUACAACGGCCGAACUGCGCUCCUCGGGGAUGCGGCGCACGCCACACUUCCGUUCCUGGCCCAGGGCGCGGCGAUGGCGAUCGAAGAUGCGGGUGUCCUCGCCUGCCUUCUUCCCCUUGGGACCACACGCGAGGACGUCUCCGCGCGACUGGCAGUCUGGCAGGAUCUUCGCAAGCCCAGAGCGGAAUUUGUGAACAAGAAGUCCUUUGAACAGAUGGAUCUUAUCAUGGCUGGGAAACAAGGUAGCGGGACCGUCAAAGGCGACACGCGGUCCGAGUUGGCUGACUAUGAUGCGAUUGCAGCCGGUCGAAAGGCUUAUCAGAACAAGUUCGGUGGCAGGUAUAAUGCCUAGUAGAUUCACAAGUAGAUAGGUUCCAAGAUUUUCCUAUUUCAAUGCAGUUUUACAGAAAACCCUCCCAC